CCCGACCAAGGGCCCCGGCGGUGCUCCUGCACUAGACGCCGCUGACGCGUUUCAUCGCCCCCAUCCGUAUCCCAGCGCCCCGUGACCGUUCCAAUCCCACGCUCCUCCACUGCUCCCCCCUUCGCCCUUGCCCUCGCCCUUGGUCGCCUCAUCCUUGCUCCGGAUUGCAGCGCGGCGGCGCGGCGCACUUCCUAGUUCCUACCAGGUCAAGAACACAAGCAUCCGAGAUGGCAACUACAUUCACCGCACCAAUUCUCUGCAACUUGAGAGCGAACCCACGCCUGAAUCACAGCACCAGACAACAGCCACUGCACUUGCACCUGAGCUCGGCGAGAAUGGCGCCCACGCUCACAGGCUCAAGGGCCCGAAACGACUUCCGGGCGGCGGCGGCCGUGUACAAGGUGAAGCUGAUCGGGCCGGAGGGGAAGGAGAGCGUGAUCGAGGUGCCGGAGGACAGCUACAUCCUGGACGCGGCCGAGGAGGCCGGCGUGGAGCUGCCCUACUCGUGCCGCGCCGGCGCGUGCUCCACCUGCGCCGGCAAGGUCCUGGAGGGCGGCGUGGACCAGUCGGACCAGUCGUUCCUCGACGACGCGCAGGUCGGCGCCGGCUACGCGCUCACCUGCGUCGCUUACCCCACCUCCGACCUCGUCAUCGAGACGCACAAGGAGUCCGACCUAUACUAGCAGCAGCAGCAGCAGCAAAGUCAAUUCGCCUGGCUAGCAGCACUAGUUUCGUUCGAUCUUUGACGAUGCUGUGAUGUGUGAUCCGAUCUGCCUGGCUGCAUAUGUAGCUGUCGCUGAAUCCUAGCUAAAUUUUAUUCUCUCUUCAUCGCCGUCUACCUUAACCUGAGCAAGUGCAUUUAUUUUUU